AUGAGUGCACUAAAGCGUUACACUGAGUUGGUCGACGGGACAAUUCCAGUUCCUGCCUUGUUGUAUCAAGACGAAGACCUUCUCGCCUCUCAGGGAGACGUAGGCAUUUAUGACGGCCCCCAGAAAUCGCCUCAGCAUCAAUCCGGAUCCGUUCAUAUAUCAAACAUUCGACUGUUUUACGUCGACUACAGUCACCCGCACUCUCGCUCCUUUGCCUUGAACCUUUCUCACAUCUGCCGCACGGAUUACUGGGCGGGGCUUCUCCGCAGCUCUGCCAAAGUGACGGUGUACCUCAACCCCAUGCCGUCGCGGACCAUGCCGAUGAAUACAUCAAAGAGUCGGCAAGACACGAGCAGUGGCUCUGAUGUCUGGGAAUGCGAAGUUUGCAGCUACCGCAAUCCGCCGGGCCUGAGCCCUUCUGCAUCCAUGGUCUGCGGAUUGUGUGGUGUACCACGUUCGGCAGUCCCCUCUGCGCCUGUAGAUUCCAACACGACAAUGCAGUCGAAGUCCAGAGUGCCUGCCGAGACGAGCCAUCUCUCUUCGUCUCUGCCCUCCUCGUCACAUCACCUGCCCCUGCCUGCACGGACAGAACAGCCUUCCCAAAUCGCCUGUCCAGCCUGCACGUUCUUGAACUACCCCUCACUCUCUUCAUGCGAGAUUUGCGGAACAGCUCUGCCGCGUCCGGUGCACCCGACUGCCAGGAGCGCUCCACCGUCAAGGCCGACGUCGGACGACGAAGAUGACGACGACGACGAAAGAGAGGAAGGCCCAAGGAUGAUCAAGGUCAGCUUCAGGAAAGGGGGCGACAAGGCAUUCUACGCGGUAUUGCGUAGAAGUCUCCUAGACAAAGCCUGGGAGGUAAGGUACCCGCGCCGCCACCCCAAACACACUGAAUCGCUCCGGAAUCAGUGCGUGGCCACGUCUGCUGCACGCACCUGGAAUGUUCAUGACCGUGUUUCCACAGAUGGCAUCCUCCAGGAAGUGCAGACCGCUGCCGCUGCGACGCAAACGAACAUGGAGGACGCGCUGCAGGAUCUCGAGACCCUCAAGAUCCAGGCGCGCGAGAUGGUGCGCUACGCCGAGGAGCUCAACGAGCGGCUCACUGCGGUGUCUGCUCUGCCGUCCUCGUUCUCGUCGUCACCAGCCCCCGCGGGGGCCGCUCCGGGAUCGGCCGCCGUGGAGCCCGAAGAGGCGACCUUCAUCCGCUCGUCCCUGGCGCAGCUCGGGCUGCAGAUGUCCAACGCGCCGGUCACGCUGGACAUGAUCCAGGACGAGCGCAAAUGGCACGAGGAGCUCGCGCGGGAGCUCGCGGGCGUGCUACAGGGCACGCCGGGCAGGGGAAAGGCCGCCGCGGCAGGCAUGAUGCGUCGCCGGGGGAUCGUUGCCCUCGACGAAGUCUGGGGCGGGUGGAACCGCGCGCGGGGCGUCGCGCUGAUCCCGCCCGCGACGUUCCUGCUCGCGCUGCCGUACCUGCCUCAGUGCACAGACCCGCCGAUCCACACGCGCACGUUCUCGAGCAGCCUGUCCGUGCUGCACACGCCGCCGUUCACGCGCGCGGCGUUCUCGGCGAGGCUCGUCGGCCUCCUGACGCUCGUGGGUCCGAGGACGACUGUGGACGUCGCGUACGAAGAGUCGCUCCCGAUCGGCCUCGUCCAGGAGAUGGUGCUCGAGGUCGAGGGCGUCGGCGAGAUCUGCCGAGACGAGGGGGAAGGCAGGCUCGACGCAUUUGGGCGUGGGCAGGAGGUGCGCUGGUGGAUGAAUAUCUUCCAUGACCUCGUUUGGGACGGUCAAGUGGACGAGCUCCUUGCGCCCUGA